UGCAAAUGGAAAAAAGACUGAAUUCGUAGAUCUAAAAAAUCGUGCUAGAGAGAUUCGGAGCGUCAGAGUGAUUACCGCCAUUACCGCCGCGGAUGAGAAGGAGUGCUCCGCCGCGUAGAUGAAGAAGACAAUCUUGUUGCCACCGUCACCGUAGAGGAAAGACUCCGAUUUGUGACUCCAUUCUCCUUAUCUCUCGAAGUACGGACACAAAUCCUGCCACGAAAUUUGCUCUCCUCCGCCUUCACGGCCGAAGAGAAGCGACGAGCGGGAGACAGAUAGAACCAGUGCAGAGGCAAGGACGCAGCUCGUCAAUGUCCAAGGCCCCAACUGCCCAACCCUAGGGACAGUACAAUCUUGAUUUGAAAGAGAUGGGUAGCCCUAAAAAGGCUAAGGCGGAACCAGGAUGUUCAGACAGAAUCAGCAGUCUACCUAAAGAGAUAAAGGAGUGCAUCCUCUCCAAUUUGAACGUCCAAGAAGCUGUUAGAGCUAGCAUCCUAUCAAGCGCUUGGAGGAACGUGUGGACUACUAUGCCAGAUAUACUUCUGUAUGAUUGGAGCUUUGCUUCCUCUGUUUCCCAUACAACUGCACGAUCCAAAUUUAUUACAUUGGUUGAUCUGGCGUUGGCGCUCCAUAAGGGAUCACUAGAUACAUUCAUACUUGAAGCGCACAGAAGUUUUCAUGAUGUAAUUGACAGGUGGAUUUCCAUGCUAUCCAAAAAGGUGCCAAAAGCCAUUACAAUCAAGUUCGCCUCUGGUCCAAAGUUCAAGAUUCAUUCGAGCCUCUUCUCUAUCAGUGAUUUGAAGCACCUUCGCGUAAAGUACUGCAUCAUCACCUUGCCUAGGAAGUUUGAAGGUUUCAAGCGGCUAGUAGUCCUGAACCUGAAGUCUUUUUUCUGCACCGACAGUGACAUCAGUUAUUUAAUCUCUUCCUGCCCCAUGCUUAAUACGUUGCGUCUGAAAUAUUUUGAGGGCAUCAAUUGUCUCAACAUUCAAGCUCCAGUACUCGAAGUCUUAGAGGUUGAGGGACAGUUUGAAGACCUUCAUCUGAAUGCCCCUAGUUUGCUCCAUGCAUAUUUGACACUUGACAAAACUGAAGCCCACAAGUAUGUUCCAGUGGCACAUGAUGGGAAGCGCUAUCUGAUGCAAGUUUUUGGCAGUCUAGCUGAUGUCAAAACGCUUAUCGUUAGCGGUUCUUUCUUGACGUAUCUAUCCAAAGGGUGCUUGCUGACAAAACUCCCUGGUGCAUUUCAUCGUCUUGAGAAGAUUGGUAUUGAGAGAUGCUUCUGGAACUGGACGGAAGCCUUGGCUAUUUGUUCAAUAUUUGAGAAUGCUCGUAUGCUUAGAGAACUUGAAAUAUGGAGUUAUCCUCGUGAAGAAGUUUAUGCACGUAAUGGUGUCUGGGAUCAGGAUGAGACGGCGAUACAGAAGCCCCCCUUGGAUCACCUGAGCAUGGUUACCAUAAAUGAAUUCAGGGGCUUGCGCUGCGAAGUUUCUUUUUUAGGAAUGCUGCUGAGCUGGGCACCAGCUUUAGAAGAGCUGAAAAUACACAGGGUCAAUGACGAGGAUGAUGAUUCAGAAGAAAUCUGCAUGUGUAAGGCUCUUAUGCGGUUAUUGGCUCUCCCGCGGGUGUCUCCCAAAGCCAAGGUCAUAGUUACCUGAUUCUUAUGACAUGGUGGCUUUAGGUUGUUUGAGCUCCGCGUUAUCUUGCUUAUCAUUCUACACGACUGUUACCAGUUGACAUGCUCCAUAUCUGACCUUUAUCCAAAAAAAUGCUCCGAUUCUGACU